CUUUUUUCACACAAUAUAAUUGAUAAUUCAUUUAUUUUAUAUUUAAACAAAUCUACCAGGAAACCAACCGCUUAGAAUAUUUUGAGAAAGAAGUAACUCAUCUGAACGACCUCUAGAUGCAAUGAAGUGUUGAUCAUUUAAAUCUCGUAGCUAGCACAAAUGGGAUUAUCCACUGGAGAUAAACAUAUUAAGAAACAACAACUUAAUCACUAAAUGUAUACACUAGUACAAAUGUGGAUGCAUAUACUUCAUCCAAUGGAACCACAGAACGCAGAUAUCCUGUAAGUACGCUAGAAUGCACAAUCAAUUGAUUCUUGCCAGAACUAAGAACACAAAGAGACAUAAAGGAAUACUCAACAAUCUUUAUUUCCCAGCUUCACCAAUUCUUCCCAAAAAUAUUUGUCGUUGAACUAAUAUUUCCCACAGUUGGAUCUUCAGUUUCUGUCGUAUUUUUGAUACAAGGAAUGAAUAACUUGGAAUGACUCAACCUUAAAUAGGAACUGCAUUGUAAACGUCCCCACAGACUUAUACUGAAGUAACACAGAGUAUAACUGAAUACAUCAAAGAACUAAGUGGAAUUGUGGAAUUGUGGAAUUGAACAUAUAUCGUUUAAAAACUAGUUGGUUACCACAUAUUUUUCGACUGUUUCUUAUGUAUCUCCAGGUUUCAGAUUUACAGCAGACAGAGAAGAUUUGGAAGUGACGGUAUUAAUUCCAGAGCCAAACUUUACAGAUUGUAACACAAUUCCUGAAUUUGCGUUCUCUAUAAUUUACUGUCAAACUCUGCAUUUUUAUUCGUCUUAUUUCUUGAUUGUAUUUUUGCCUUAACGUGAUAGUAAAAAAUAAACAAAAUAGUUUACUAAAGCAGUGAUAACUAAUAUAUAUUAACACUAAGCUUUACAGGGUUACAUGUCUAAAUUUAUCGAUAAUGAAAUGUACCAAGCUACUCUGAAAUAUAUUGACAUUAAGAUAUCUUAAUCAAAAUGUUUGAACAUCAGAUUUCAUUUGGUUAAAUAUACACUUUAGAGACCAAACAACCAUCAUUAAUUUUAUGAAAUGAAGCUGCGCACAGGAAAGUAAGAAGUUGCUAAUUUUUGGUGACUGUCUUUUACUGUUUCAUUCAAUAUUUAAAAAUUACAUCACACAUCUCUUAAAAAUAAACAUUGUGAAAAUCAUUGGAACUUGAAGUUAACAAAAAUGUCUCAAUUCGCCCUCUGGAUAAAGCGUUAUUCUUCUUGUCGUUGGAGACUAUGUUAUGCCUGUGCUACUGCUAGUCUUUUGAUGCAAACAUUAAGAGUUAAUCUAAGCAUGGCAUUUGUAUGUAUGUUGAAAACACCCAAUCGUACGACUGAGGAAGUUAGCUUUACUGCAAAUGAACAUCGUUGUUCUGCUUUGAAUAAUUAUUCAUUAAAUCGAAAUUAUGAAGGAGAGUUUGAAUGGAGUGAUAAAUUACAAUCAAACAUGUUAGCUGGUUACUUUUAUGGAUAUAUAGGGACUAACAUUGUGGGUGGAUUAUUGGCAGAUAAAUAUGGUGGAAAAAGAGUUCUGGGAGCUUCAUUUCUCUCAUCAUCAAUUUUGACCAUUCUCCACCCAAGUUUAUCACGAGUUAGUGGCUACUUUACUCUUGUUCUAAGGAUAUUAACCGGUGUGGUAUCGGGGCCGACCUACCCUGCACUUCAGUCCUUAUUUGGACGCUGGGCUCCUUCACAAGAAAUUAGUUUAUUGAUUGCUAUUAUAUUUGCUGCUCAAUAUUUAGGUAGUAUUUUAUGUCUUUCGAUAUCAGGUUACCUUUGUGUGUAUGGAUUUGAUAAUGGAUGGGGUUCUAUAUUUUAUAUAUUUGGUGGAUUAUCGUUGGUGUUUAGUUGUGUGUGGUUUUAUGUAGUUUACGAUAAUCCAGACACCCAUCCCACUAUCAGCGAAGAAGAAUAUUCUUACUUAAAGAGAACUAUAGUGAGUGAAAAAGUAGUUAAAAAUGUGCCCUGGAAACGGCUGUUCUCUUCAUCUGCAGUUUGGGCCAUCAUCUUUGGUUGGUGUGCUUAUUGUUGGACUACUCUAUCUUUCCAGGUGUUGUUACCUCUUUAUGUGAAAGAAGCUUUAAACGUUAAUACAACAUCCAACGGUUUAAUGUCGUCUGUCACUGCAGUUGGACAAAUAAUUGCUUUACCGGUGUGGGGAAAAUGCGCAGAUAUUGUACGUUCAAAGAAAUAUCUGUCAACUCGUUCUGUUCGAGUUUUAUUCCACACUUUUUCUAUGUUAGGUUCAGCAAGUCUGUUAAUCGCGAUAGGAUUCCUCGAAUGUGGCGAAAACACUUUAAUAAGUAUCCUCUUGUUUCUUAGUGGUAUAACUCUAUCCUUUUCCAGCGGUGGUGUUACCGUCAACAACAUUGACAUUGCCCCAAAUUACGCUGGCGUUGUAUUUGGAAUAGCUAAUGCUUUUGGCACAGCAGCUGGCAGUAUUAGUACGGUGUCUGCAAAAGCUCUCACUCCAAAUGGUACACAAGAAGAAUGGCAGAUCGUGUUAGCCUUGUUUGCUUCUGUAUGUGUAGUUGGUGCAAUAUUGUUUGCGAUAUUGGCCAGAGGAGAAAUCCAAGAUUGGGCACGUAUAGAGGGAACUGAUUCGCCUGAAAAUUCAAAAACAGUGAAUGUUAACUUAAUACCUUAGCAAUAGCACACAUGAAUGUAUAUAUUAAUAUCUUCUGUAAUUUUACUAAUCUUUUGAAAACUAGCGGGAUCCGUAGAAAUUCCACGGUAUAGGUGAGUAUAUUAGAAAAAUUAAAAUAUAAAACACUAGCAAGGACAUUUUAAAAAUUCUUUUGAAAUCUUGCCAUUUAAUCAAAACUUUACUUUCACAUAUAAUCGAUAUGAACUUAGAAGAUGUUUCUUAUUUACUUUCUAACCCAGAAUUGCUGUCCUUGAGGCAAAAUUUGAAACCAUUAUUAUUAUUAAGGCAGCGUGCUGGCAGAACCGUUAGCACGACGGGCAAAAUGCUUAGCAGUUUCCAUCCGUCUUCACUUUCUGAGUUCAAAUUCUAUCCAGGUUGGUUUUGCCUUUCAUCCAAUUAUGAGGAUCGAUAAAAUAAGCGCUGUGCCAAAAAAUGAAACCAUUAUUGCUGUUGAUGUUUAGUUGUUUUUGUUUGUAAUGAACGACCGUCUCUAAAAGAGUUGAGAAUUGAUUUUACUGCGUUCGUUCGAUAAAAUAAAUAUGCUUUAUCGGUUUUUUGUUUAUAUUUAUUUUGUUUAAAAAUGACUUUACAACAUUUACGCCCAACUUCCCUAUGAUGUUACCACCCACGCGCGCGUGUGUGUGUGUGUGUAUGUAGGUUUCCCAAUUUGUUUAGUACAUAUUUGAAACGAUUGCUUUUAAUUCUUUUGUUUUUAUAUAAUUAUCGAUUUAGUGUGUGCGUGGUUCAUAUAUUUUCUUCAUGUUCAGUUAUUUAUAGUAUAACAUGUUCGGAAUAGUUCUCUGCUUUCCGAAAUGUAUUGUAAUUGUAAAUUGAAACUGACCUCACAAUUUGAGAGAUAGCCAAAACGAUGUCAUAUGAAAACGAGGAGAGGAAUGCAGAAUCAUUAAAGCGUCGAUAAAAAUUAUUUGUGAACUUUUCUCCGACAUUUUAUGUUCUGAGUUCGAAUUUGCCUUUCUUCCUUUCGGGAGCGAUAAAAUAAAGUACCCAACUAGUUAUAAAUUUGAUGGUACCGAUUAUCCUCUGUCCCAAAAAUUACCAUUUUUUUUUUCACUACACUAGAAACAGUAUAAAUCCUUUUUGUUCUACUUUCCAACACAAUGUCUAUGUCAAAUGUUUUCAAUGUUUGCUUUUAAAAAAUCCAAAUGACAAGAAUAAAAGAAGGCAUUUUAUCACCAUUA